AUGGACAACAUCACCAUCUUCACAGAAUUCCUCCUCAUGGAUAUCUCAAGCUCCCGGGAGCUCCAAAUUUUGCAGGGUCUGCUGUUCUUAGUCAUAUAUCUGGGAGCCUUGACUGGGAAUCUUAUAACAGGUAUGGUCAUUGUGAUAGACCCACAUCUUCAUUCUCCAAUGUACUUUUUUAUAAGCAAUUUGUCCCUCAUAGACCUUUGCUGCAUCUCAAUAAGUGUUCCCAAGUUGAUUGUGAAUUCCCUGACAGGUAGUAAGUCAAUCUCACUCAACGAAUGUGCAGCUCAGAUUUUUUUUUAUAUUUUAUUUGCAUCUACAGAGCUUGCUUUCCUUGUGGUGAUGUCCUAUGACCGCUAUGUUGCCAUUUGCCACCCUCUUCAUUACGGGUUGACCAUCACCCCACGUCUGUGCACACAGGCAGCAGGUGCUUCUUGGGCCUGUGGUCUGGUCUAUUCAGCGAUCCACACAGGCAACAUGUUCAGGCUUCCCUUUACAAAGUCCAAUGUGAUUCAUCAAUAUUUCUGUGAUGUACCUCAAGUUAUGAGAAUCUCAUCCUCAGAUGUUCAGUUUUCUGAAUCUGUGAUCCUUGCUGUAAGUGCUUGCAUUGUUUUAGUAUGUUUCGCCUUCUUGUCUAUGUCAUACAUUAAUAUAUUUUCAACUGUGCUUCGUAUGCAUUCUGUGGAAGCUCGCAGUAAAGCCUUAUCCACCUGUACUCCACAUUUGGUCAUUUUUGUUUUGUUUGUAGUAUCUGGAUUAAUUGCUGUUUUAGGGCCCAUUGCAAAUAAAGCAUCCCUUAAAAAUCUUCUGACAGCCAUGUUUUAUAUCAUGAUGCCCCCAUUCAUAAAUCCCCUUAUCUACAGUCUACGGAACAAGGGGAUUAACUCUGCUUUAGGCAAAAUAUUCCACGGAUAUUUUAAGUUGCCAAGCAGAAAAUUUUCUUGA